AUGAAAAGCUACGUUGUUAUGCUUGGGGCUUUUGCAGGCUUAGGGUCGUUUCUCUUCGGAUAUGACACAGGAAUCAUCACCACGAGCAUCGCUCAUCAGAGCUUCAAGGACUAUAUGGGAAAUCCGAACGCCGCAGCUACUGGGGCGAUAGUUGCGACGUACAUCGCUGGAGAAGCUGUCGGAGCUAUAUCACAAAGUCUUCUGGGGGAUUUCCUAGGUCGGAAACGGUAUAUGCAGUUGAUGUGCAUGGUGGUCACCGUAGGAACGAUCAUUCAAACAGCAGCUCAGAACUAUGCGAUGUUUCUCGUAGGACGAAUACUGACGGGCGUAGCUGUGGGAGGUCUCAUUGGCACCGUUCCUAUAUACAACUCUGAAAUUUCGCCUCCAGCGUCCCGUGGAUUGAUUGGUGGACUUUCAGGGUAUAUGAUAGGUGUGGGUACUUUCCUCGCUAACUGGGUCGGCUUUGCCUGCGGAUACGCACCCACUACGUCAUCUUUUCAGUGGCGAUUCCCACUGGCACUUCAAAUACCACCCGGGAUCAUACUCUUCUUUGGCCUGCAAUUCUUUCUCCCAGAGUCCCCGAGAUGGCUCAUUAAUUCAGGCCGCGACGAUGAAGCCCGUCUAGUAUUUACUCAAAUUCGCGGUGAUCUUUCCGGUGAAGACUUGCACAAAGAAUUCGAUGAUAUGCGAGAACAAAUACUUUUCGAAAAGUCGACGGAAGUGAAAACUUUUGCAGAAGCUUGGUCAAAGUACAAGAAACGUAUUCUCAUCUCUGUCGCCGUACAGAGUAUGACGUCGUUGACUGGAGUCAAUGUUGUUGGCUACUACCAAACGACGCUCUACAAGAAUUUGGGCAUCACCGGUCAAACUAUUCUACUGCUGGCUGGUAUCUAUGGGACUGUGGGUGUCAUCAUGAAUGUAUUCUCAAUAUAUUUUUUAGAUAGAUUCGGUCGCGUAAAGCUCCUGAGAUGGGGUACAUCUGCCUUAUGUGUGGAUCUCAUUUACUCUGCCUUAAUGACACGCUACUUCGCCGGAUCCGACAAUAAUGUAGGAAAAGGAUUUGCAGUCCUCGGAAUCUAUCUGUUUACGACCAUUUAUUACCUAGGUCUGAAUAGCACUACCUGGUUGUAUGGUGUCGAAGUUCUCCCUGUCUUUUUACGGAGUAAAGUCAUGGGAUUGGCAUCAACGUCGCACUUUGUAUGGAAUGUAGCCCUCACGGAAGCGGGACCUAGUGCUUUCGCAAACAUCGGUUCGAACUUCUAUUACGUCUUCGUCGCGACAACCUUCGUGGCUUCUGUUGGAAUAUUUGUGUACUUUCCAGAAACCAAGGGAAAGACACUGGAGGAAAUCGCUGCAUCUUUUGGAGACGACGUCGUCCAUUCUGAGUCUGAGGGGGCUUCAUUAGGCAAAGGGUAA